CCCUCUCUUCCUCUCGUCCCAAAACAUAUCUUUCUCUCUUCUCUCUCUCUCUCUCUCUCUCUCUCUCUCUCUCUCUCUUUCUUACAGAUUCCAAAGAAAUGGUCUCUCUCUUUCUCGAUGCAAAAUCACAGAAAAUGGAACAAAAUCUACCGUUGAUAGCCAAAAGAAUAUGGGAAACCGUGCGUGUUAUCUUCUUCAUGCUGCGAAAGGGCAUAUUAAAGAGAAAGCUUCUGGUUGAUCUCAACAUGAUGCUUAAACGCGGCAACAAGAUUGCAACUAAAGCCAUAGGGAAUCUCAUGUUCCACCAUCAUGACCACCACCGUGACAUCUCCUUCCCUGCCCCACCCCACGAGUACGAGUUCAGCUGCAGUAACACCCCCAUGUAUUCACUUCCCUUCCAUGUCAACAAGCGUCGCCACCAUCACCACCACCACCGCCACCAUAAUAACUUCUUCUCAUGUGCAUUCCACACUCCACAAACUCUUGAUGAUGAUGUUACAACCAUGAACGCUGUUAAGCUGGCUUUGGAGAUGAUAAACAACAACAGCAAUGAGGUGAUGAUGGAGGCGUCUCCCAUGUUGCCGGGGUUUGGCAAGAGCCCAAUGGUGAGACAAUUGAGGAUAACGGACUCGCCGUUUCCAUUGAGAGAUGUUGAUGAUGAUAAUGGUAUUGUGGACAAGAAAGCUGAGGAGUUUAUAGAGAAGUUCUACAAGGAACUGAGGCAGCAGCAGCAGCGAAAGAAAUGAGAGAGUGGCUGAUCGAUGAGUGAGAAGGGUGUUGUGGUUUCAAUUUGGUUCUAUUGUUAAUAAAAAGUUUCAUGGAGUCUAUGUUCAGGAUCUCAAUGUUCUUGAUGUUGAAGAAGGCUGUAAUUAAGCAAUGAAUUAAAAUGAGGUGUAUAUUACAGGGAAUCAAAACUUGAUCCUUUGCUUAAUUGCUAUAUAUUUCAGUUAUAUUUGUAUACACUAAAUCAAUAAAUGCUUUAUAUGGAUGAAAUUUUGGGAUA